AAGUCCAACGUGCAGCAGGACGAUGCGACCAACCAUCAAGGUGUUCGUCGCGCUCUGUACGUUCUCGCUCGGAACGCUCGUGCUCCUGACGUCGUCACUCGUGCCCGAGCAUGGUGCCAUCAGCACCCACUUCCUCCGCCACCCCCGCCGCCACAUUGCGGACGCGACGCGGGCGUACGUCAGUCGGCUCCUGGCGCCGGCCCGGUACGCGUCGCUCGCUACGGCUGGCUGCAACUUUGGCCCGACGGUCGCGGCCUUUGAUCCGUUCGAUCUGCCGCUGCAUUGUGGCAACAUGCACGAGCUCAAGACGCACGAAGAACUCGGGAAAGGCUUUUGGCGCAGCGUCCUCAAGGCCACGUGGGAAGGCAAGCCCGUGGCCGUCAAGGUCGUGCACCAGAGCCUGGCGUGGCGACACAACAUCCUCGAGCGCCACGUGGAAGAGGCCGCCGUGCUCUACCAGCUCCGCAAUGCGCCACACAUUGCGCACCUCGUCGGGUGGUGCAACACGACGAUCGUCGUCGAGUACUUUCCACGCAACUUGGACGAAGUGCUGCGCGACGCUACGACGCCGGUGUGGUCAAUGACCGAGACGCUGUCGCUGGCGCGUGAUGCGGCGAUGGGCGUGGCAGAGCUCCAUGCGGUCGGCGCCGUCCACGUCGACCUCCAGCCCCGCCAGUUCCUCUACGAUGCAGCAUCCCACCGCCUCGUGCUCAACGACUUUAACCGCCUUCGGUACGGUGGCCGCAACACGUCGUCGGUAAACGACGUGUGCGAGUUUCACGUCACGAUCGCGAAAGGCUUCUACCGCGCACCGGAAGAGUACCUUCUGCAACCGCUGAGCGCCAAGGUCGACGUGUACAGCCUCGCGCUCGUCUUCUGGUCGCUUGUCGCUCGAGAGGCGCCCUACAAGGCGUGGAGCCGCGACGAUGUGUACGCCAAGGUGCCCGACGGACUUCGCCCGGAUUUGGCCGUGCUAGCACAAUACCCCCAAGCGAUGCAAGACCUCGUGCAAACCAUGUGGGCGGCGGACCCCAGCCAGCGCCCGUCGGCCGCCGACGUCGCCACGCAAGUCGAGGCGAUCUUGGCACAAGUAGAACGCGACCCGAUCGCGAUGUCCUGAGUGAUCAUUGACAGAAAACCUUCCAUCGAGC